CCCAUCGCUCCCUCGGGUCCCGAAGGUGGGUCCCAGGACUGGAUCGCAAUGGAUACUGUGUCCCUGGAGCAUCAGAUCCAGAGCGUGCAACGCCAUAUCAGCUUCCUGAAAAAGGAGCAGAUGGCCCUGCUGCGAGACCUGCACCUAGAAAUCCUGAGGCUGCAGAAACGCUGCUCAGAACUGACUCAUGACCUGGAGAUGAGAGAGGCCCAAUCUCACCAGCAAGAGGCCGCGUCCCUCGAGCUGGAGAGCAAGUGUCGCGCGCUGGAGUCGCAGCUGGCGGCGCGGGCCGAGGCCAACGCCGAGCUGCGGCGGGAGGUGGCGCAGCGCGAGGCGCUCGUGUCGGCGCUGCGCUGCAGCCUGCGGGCCGAGGAGCGCCGCUUCCUGGAGGAGCUGCGUCGCCGCAGCCACCGCGCCACCGUGCUGGGCACCGAGCUGCAGAAGCACACCGAGGCGGCCGCCUACCUCUCGUGCCAGCUGCACGCGGCGCGCCAGAGACUGCAGACGCCGCGCCCGGGCCCCGGCCCCGAGCCGCGGCCGCGCCGGCGCGCACAGAAGGCCCGGCGCCCGCCCGUCGCCGCCGCGGAGGCCGCCGCCAAGGGCCCCGGCCGGGACUGGGCCGCCUGGGACCGCGGGGCUGGCGCCCUGGACGACACCGAACCCAUGCCCGACCCCGCGCUCUUCCUCUACGCCCGGAGGCCCCCGCGGCCCGGUGGCCGCGGCCCGCGCCAGCAGCCUCCGCAAGACCAAGUCGACCUGCAGCCGGCGCCCUGCCCGAACCCCCCAGCAGCGCCCAGCCCCCCUGGCGCGCCUGGGGACCCGGAGUAG